AUGCCCUCGACUGACGAGGAUAAUGUGAGACCCGAUCAAGAUCUCUCCACAAUGUCAGGAACACACCUAAUGAAAAGGUGGAGAGAAAGCAUGUGGGAUACGCAGCAGAGAGCUGCACAGCAACCAGAGUGGUUCGCAACACCAUCUCCAACACCGCAAGCUCUCCAAAGUGGAGCAAGUGAUCCCACUCGGAUCCGAAGCUCGGUCCAUAGAAGACUGCGACCUUCGGUUCAUGACAGGCUGGGUAGCCCCUGUAGAUCCAGUAGACAACCCGAGGGCAGUGGCCAGUCGAGAAGGAGAAGGAGAAGUGACCGAACUCCUAGCCCCCUACACGCCCCCGAGCAGUCCCUUGGAGGAAACUCGAGAAGCGAAGGUAUCAGGGCGAGGCUAGGAAAGAGAAUCAUGACUCCAGCAUCUUCUCCAUUCUCGGAUGAUAUUGUCAUGGAGACGAUUCCCAAAAUCGUUGCCGAAGGGAUCGAUCAAAAGUUGGAAGAAGCUGAAGAAGAGGUUUUGCGUAGUACAGUUCGUGAGCAACAAUCGCCCGGAACGAACCACUGCCGAGCUAACCUCUAUACAGCAAGAAAGAGACGAGAGCCUGCGAGACUUCAUGGCCAGAUUCAUGAAGGAAUCCACCAAAAUUCCGAACCUGCAGCCAGAUCAGCAAGGCUAAGAGGUUCCUCAGAUCCGAAGGAUAACAGAACCAACCAGAGUAAGCCCGAGGGCAACUCAAGAAAGGGGAAAGAGAAGGUGGGUGCGAGAGAAGCGAGUCCCAAGAGAGAUGGGAAGAAGGGUGAAUUUCAACCCAAGUACACCAACUACACCCCACUCACUAUACCCCGAAGAGAAAUCUUCAACCUCCACAAGGACGAUGAAAAGUGGAAGCUUCCAGACAAGCUCAGGUCAAAUCCCCGCCACCGCAACAAGAACAAGUGGUGUGAAUUCCACGAUGACUUCGGCCAUACCACGGAAGAGUGUAACUCGCUGAAAGAUAACAUCGAAGACCUCAUACGACGAGGCUACCUCAAGAGUUACCUGCUUGACCAUAGGGCGGAAAGUGAAGAAAAAGAAAAAGCAAAAUCUGGUAAGCUACAAGAGCAAGCCCAGAAAAGGGUCCACGAGACCGAAGGGCAAAAGAAAAAGCCAAUUCUAGUGGUGUUCGGAGGACAAAGGUCCGGCCACGCCAGCAAGAAACAUCUAAGAGCUCUCUCCCACCGAGUCAACUUCAGCAAUAGUACUGGUCGAUGGAGGGAGCGCCGUAAACAUCAUCUUCAGGAACUGCUUCGAGCAACUCAUCCUCGAAGAGGGAGAAGAGUCACUGACCAAGGUCAGUUACCCAUUGAUCGGAUUCAACGGAUCCGCAGCUAUUCCCCGAGGAAUGAUAACCCUACCCGUUACAAUCGGCCAAGGCCUGGCGGCAAGAAACGUCCGAGAGGAAUUCUUGGUGAUGGACUGCGACUCAGUGUAUAA